ACUGCAAACAGUAUCCAACAAACUCACUCCCAACUGAGAAAGAGAAAGCAAUGGAGAAAACGGUGGCGACAUUGGAGAAAGGAACAGUAUGCUCAGCUUGGAAUUACAGCGCUCAAAGAUUAGCUACUGGUUCAAUCAAUGGUCUUCUCACCAUCUUCGAUUCUCCUGACCCUGCUUCCUCUUCUCCCUUCUCUCCUUCUUCCUCUUUUCAGGUGCAUGAGGGUAGCAUUGUGAAGGUGGCAUGGGUUCCUCCAGAGUAUGGAGAUGCCAUCGCGUGUAUUUUGGAUGAUGGGACGUUAUCAUUAUGGGAAGAAGUUACAGGAGAGGGGCAAUCACUUCAGUGGAAGAUCUGUACCAAGUUUCAGAAUAAAAGUGCCCGUGUAUUAGAUAUUCAAUUUGGAGGAUCCUCUACUUGUUUGAAGUUGGUUGUUGCAUAUUCAGAUGGGUAUGCCAAAGUCUAUGAGCUCCAAAAUCCUUUGGAACUGAACACUUGGCAACUUCAGGCCGAGUUCCAGAAUGUCAUUGACUCUGUAUCUAAAUUUGCGAAAGCUUCAUGCUUAUCAGCAUCCAUUUCAUGGAUUCCACAAAUAGGUGAAAGCCAGCAAUUGAGCUUCGUUCUGGGAUUCAAUUCAGAUAUACCACAACUCAAUUCUUCCAAGGUCUACACUCCGAGGAUUGCGCCUUAUGCGAGGAAUUUGAUGUGGUUCGUGAGCAAUGGGCUAAGUUUUUUACCAACAAGUAUUUAUUAUUGGCUUUAGCGCGCUUGAUCGAGU